AUGUCUUCCCCCCGGCUCCCAGAGAACCUGCAACCCGCCGACUCGCCCUUCACCUUCCAUCCAUCUCUGGCCCGCGACCCGGACCUGGCGGCGCAGUUCCUGCAGUCCGACUUCGCGGCCCGGGACCGCGUCAUGGCGCACAAGCACGCGCGCAACAGCGUCCUCGCCGCCUUGGCCGCGAGUUUCCCGCCGCGAGACCCGAUCCCCGAUCGGCACGCGGGACUCGAGACGCCCGAAAAGGGAAGCCUGGCUGCGACUGUGCGUGACGUCUUGAGGUUGAGUGCAGAGGAAGGGGCGCGCGAGAAGGAGGAUUCUUUGGUUGACGAGAACAAGACGCGGCAGCCGUCGCCGAGCGGGUGGGUCAAGUCUAGUGUUCCCUCUCCUCCUGCUGCCGUCCGUGGCGGGGUGUGGAAUGUCGGUGAUUGUGUGCCUGCUGAUGCGAAGAGUGGAAUCAGGGCUCUUGGGAGACGGCAGUAA